AUGGAUAUCGUGCUCAGCCGAGACUUGCAAGAGGGCGCACUGAUGCGGGGAGCAGCUGCGCUUGACGCAACGAAACAAUUCCCCGCCGAUCGCGCAGUGCCGACCACCUCAACGCAGACCGUUUCGUCGCGUGCGUCUACCCGAGUCCCUGUGGAGGUGCAGGAGCGUAUUGCCGGUUUCAUGAAACCGGGCUCAAGCGGUGCAUAUGCGGCGGCUUUGGUCUGUCGCGCAUGGUACCCCUUUGCGAUCAAGGUGUUCUACGAGGAGGUCUUGUUCUGGAGCCGCAGGAGAGUCGCGAUACUCAUGCGGCUGGUGCUCACCAAUCCGCGCGUAAAGGCGCAACUAGCGGUGACACGCAAGGCGGAAUUCCACCAGUAUAGUUUCUUGUCGACAUUUCCGCACGUCUUCGCAAAGGUGCUUCCGUCCCUGACGGAGAUUGUUAUAACCGGACUCAGUGGUCCACUCCAUCCAAGUUUCAUCAGGGUGCUGAGGAGUUUCAGCAGCGUUGAUCGUCUGGAUCUGACUACGCUGUGGGUCGUCAACUUCCAUGAACUGCGACGCCUUAUCUCUGCGUUGCCUAAUCUCAAGUCUCUGGAGAUCACCAACGUGAACUUCGGGCGCAAAGGGUCUCCACUUGGGACCCCACUGGAGGAUAUGCCUUUCUGGCAGACGUCUGUCCCGAACUCUACCCGACUUCAAGAGCUGUGGAUCAGCCUUCGCAGCAUGGGCGGUCAGCCCAACAAAGAAAAUUACCUCAUCCGCUGGCUUGCCAACAGUUCUCUCUGCGAAUCGCUGUCACAGCUGACAUUGUCGGAAUCGAUGAGCCGACGCCGUACUGCGGAAGACUUCGUCGAGCAGGUCAACCAUCUUCUCCGAACUAUUGGACCAGCCUUGAAAGUGCUCAGGCUCACUGACGCAUGCAUAAGCCAAUACGACCUGUCCCACAACGUAAAUUUGACGCACGUCGAAUUCGCGCUGCUCCCAGCAUUUGGCUGGCAAUCAUUUGCGGACCGGCUACGGGGCGUAUUGAAGAGCAUUCCCAGUUUACGCAUGACAAGCAUUAGCAUCACCCACAUGCUAGCGUUACUGGAGGAUCAGCCAGUGCCCGAUGCGACCGCUCUCAAACCUCUGCAUGAGACUCUUAGGAGCCCGGCGUAUGCCCGCAUUACCGGGGCUAAUUUCAGUAUGCUUGUGAUGUCGAGCUCUGGAGGAUGGGAGUCUGAGUUCAACACAAUACUCGCACCGUGG